ACUAAUAUGGCCAUGUGUUGCUAUUUUAUCCCCUAAAUUUGUACAAUUACGCUCAUAUACUCUAUCAUUGAUUUCAUUGUGGUUUAUACCACCCAUAGUUUAUGCAAUUAUCACCAAAUACAACGUGUGUAGUCCUACUGCGUUUGCCGGGCGGUGCAGGUUGCCCAUAGCGGAUCGUAUUCUACAUAUUGUUGCUUAAUAGCUUAAGGCAAGUAACAAUGGCAAGUCCAAAUGAACCAGCGGCGUUGGGUGAUAUUGAGGGACGAGGAGUGGCUUCGGACGGUGAUGGCCUAGAUGCUGCCAAAAAAAAGUAUCUCAAUAGACUUCUCGUGGAAGAAGCCAUUAACGAUGAUAACUCUGUGGUAUCAUUGCACCCAAACCGUAUUGAAGAACUUGGGUUGUUCAGGGGUGACACUGUAAUGCUCAAGGGUAAAAAAAGACACACUACAGUUUGCAUCGUAUUGGCUGAUAAGGACCUGGAUGAAGGGAAAGUGCGCAUGAACAAAAUUGUUCGCAAAAACCUCAGGGUUAUGCUUGGAGACUUCGUUAGGAUCGCGCCGUGCUCCGAUGUACCUUAUGGUAAAAAGAUCCAAGUCUUGCCUCUGGACGAUACCGUGGAAGGACUCUCAAGGGAUGCGCUUUUUGAUGUUUAUCUCAAACCCUACUUCUUGGAAAGCUACCGUCCAGUGAAGAAGGGUGACCUCUUUUUAGUUAGGGGUGCCUUCAAGGCAGUUGAGUUCAAAGUAGUAGAGGUAGACCCCGGAGAGUACUGUAUAGUGGCACCCGAUACCGUGAUUUAUCAUGAAGGUGAUCCUAUCAAACGCGAUGAAGAGGAAAAACUGGAUGACGUGGGUUAUGAUGAUAUUGGAGGCUGUAGGAGGCAGAUGGCACAAAUUAGAGAAAUGAUAGAAUUGCCAUUGAGGCACCCAGGGCUGUUCAAAACAUUAGGUGUCAAACCGCCCCGUGGUGUAUUGCUCUACGGUCCUCCGGGGUCUGGAAAGACACUCAUCGCAAGGGCCGUUGCCAACGAAACCGGAGCUUACUUCUUCCUUAUCAAUGGACCAGAAGUAAUGAGUAAAAUGGCAGGUGAAGCUGAAUCGAACCUUAGGAGAGCUUUUGCUGAGGCUGAGAAGAAUGCGCCAGCUAUCAUCUUUAUCGAUGAAGUGGAUUCUAUAGCCCCAAAGAGGGAGAAAACCAACGGUGAAGUUGAAAGAAGAGUUGUUUCACAGCUAUUGACCCUUAUGGACGGUCUAAAAGGCAGGGGGCAAGUGGUAGUCAUUGCAGCCACCAACAGACAGAACUCCAUAGACCCGGCACUUAGAAGGUUUGGUAGGUUCGACAAGGAGAUUGACAUUGGCGUCCCUGAUGAUACCGGAAGACUGGAGAUCUUGAAAAUCCAUACCAGGAAUAUGAAACUUGCUCCUGAAGUAAAAUUGGAAGAACUGGCAGCAAAUUCACACGGUUUUGUCGGAGCUGACCUCGCUCAAUUGUGUACAGAAGCAGCACUUGGGUGUAUCAGGGAGAAGAUGGGAGCCAUUGACCUAGAAGAAGACACUAUCGAUACUGCUAUUCUUGAUUCAAUGGCAGUCACACAGGAGCAUUUUAACGCCGCAAUUGCUACAUGUAACCCAUCAUCACUGCGUGAGACCGUAGUGGAGAUUCCCAACGUCAAGUGGGAUGAUAUUGGAGGUUUGGAGUCAGUGAAGAACAGUUUGAGAGAAAUGAUUCUAUACCCAAUAGAACACCCAGAAAAGUUCGAAAAGUUUGGCAUGUCACCAAGCAGAGGUGUGUUGUUCUACGGCCCUCCAGGUUGUGGUAAGACUCUGUUGGCCAAAGCCGUGGCUUCUGAAUGCAGCGCUAACUUCAUAUCAAUCAAGGGGCCCGAACUACUGACUAUGUGGUUUGGCGAAUCCGAAGCGAAUGUACGUGAAGUUUUCGACAAGGCCAGGACUUCAGCACCUUGUGUGCUUUUCUUUGAUGAGCUGGAUUCCAUAGGUGCAGCUAGAAGUGGUGGUGCAGGUGAAGGAACCGUGGCAGGUGACCGUGUAAUGAAUCAACUCCUGACAGAAAUCGAUGGUGUGUCAGCCAAAAAGAACAUCUUCUUCAUAGGAGCUACCAACAGGCCGAAUUUACUAGAUGAAGCAUUGCUGAGGCCCGGAAGGCUCGACCAGCUCAUAUAUAUCCCGCUGCCAGAUCUGCCAGCUAGGGUGUCAAUUUUGAACGCACUCUUGCGCAAGUCACCAGUGGCUGAUAAUGUGCCCAUUUCAUACCUUGCCCAAAAAACAGCUGGCUUCUCAGGUGCCGAUCUAGCAGAAAUGUGCCAAAUUGCAGCCAGAUCCGCUAUCAGGGACGCCAUUGCAUAUGAGGAGAAACAUGGCAAGACACCCACAGAAGGUACACCGGAUUUCACUUAUGAAAUACAACGUAAGCACUUCCAGGAAGGUCUGGCAAAUGCAAGGCAUUCGGUAACCUCCACUGAUUUGGCCAAAUUCGACAACUUCAGGAACAAAUUCGACCCACUCUACAAAACCAGGGGUGCCGGAGGAGAUGAAAUCGAUAUAGACUGGCCAGAUGACAAUGAAACCAAUAACCAUAUGGAUGUCGUCGAUGAUGACGAUGAUUUAUACGCAUAAACAA